AUGCAGCACGCAAGUCCGUACAUGCUCUUGCCAUCGGCCUUCAGUGGCGAAGUCGUCACGAUGUGCGCCAACAUCAACUGCCGCAGGUUCGCCAAGGUACACGGCCUGUGCCUCCUUCACAACCGCGUCAUCAUCCGCCCAAUUUUGCCGCCUCAAGACCGAGGCUCGCGAUUGCUCCCGAACGUCCCCGAGAAACGACGCAACCACAACCGCCGGUGCCGCUUUGACCAGUGCAGGUCUUACGCGCGAGGCGGCGGCUACUGCACUCGCCACGGUGGCGGGCGAAAGUGCAGCGUUCCAGGUUGCGCCACGUCGUCUCAAACGGGAGGGUACUGCCGACAGCACGGAGGGGGCUCCAAGUGCCGAGAGCCCAUGUGCCGUCAAUUUGCCAGAGUCGGGGGGCGCUGCCUUGUCCAUCGGGACGACGAUUGCCAAGACGGCGGGUUGUCCGUGGGGGAAGUGCAGCUGUAG